AUGUCGAAACCGAAGGAUCAAUUUGCAGAUCUUUUCUCAUCGUAUGCUCCAAAGAGAAAUGAUGAUUCCAGGAUGUCGCUGGCUGAAAGGCAGAGAAAUAGCCCAAUGGGUUCAACAACGCAAAAGAACAACUCUCAAUGGGCAGAUUUUGACUAUCUAGAGAACUCAAGAGGCUCUUCACGCUCUGCUACAGCUCAAGGAACACCUGCUUUAUUCUCUCAAAGUGCCACUCCGGUCAAUAACAACACAACAACUGAUUUGUUCGAAGGGUUUGAUGCUGUCAAUAAAACAAGUAGGAGCAGCCUUCAAAACUCAACUUCACAAUCACAUUCAUCACCAUAUGAAGAUCGCUUCGAGGGUUUCACCUCACCAGACCCAUCAUCAACAAACUUGAAUAAUCAAUCAUCAAAUAGAAAUGAAAUAGACCUUUUGGACAGUUUUGGUGAUGAUUUUUCAUCCUCAAGUGUGUCAAAGUCAUCAACCCCAAGAUUGAUGGAAAACUCCCAGCCAGUUCAAUCGCAGAGUGAACAAAAUAUUGAUGAUUUGUUUGCUGUCUUUGAUAGACCACCUCAACCCAAACCAACAAAAUUGGAGAAUCCUAUACCUACACAUUCUUCUCAACAAUUUGACGUUUUGAACAGUGGAGUGGCUUCACCACAAUCUUUCCAGGAUGAAAGUUUCCCAUCACCAACACUAUCCACUCAACAAAGAGGUAGAAAGUCAACACCAACUGUUAAUGGCGAGGCUAGAGAUGAAGCUAUUGCGUCGUUGGUGGAUAUGGGUUUCUCUGUUGAACAAGCUACCGAUGCGUUAAACCACACGGAUAAUGGGCUUAAUGUGGAAGCUGCAGUUAGUUAUAUAAUGAAUUCAGCACACCAGAAGGCUAGAUCAAAAGCUGGCCUACCUCCAGAAAGAUUAAGUCGUACUUCUUCAGGUCAAAGAGGUGGUAGUGCUAUGAAGCAGGCUAACCAAUAUUUUGAAAGUUUCGCUCAAACAAUGUUCAAGGUGUCUGACAAACUUGCUAAUGAUGUUGCCAAUAGGUUUUUCAGUCCUCCACCAGGAGAUGAUGGAACUCCAGCAUGGAUGCGUGAUCAAGAAAAGUACAAGUCCAGAAGAACAAAAUAUGAAGAAGAUCCUGAGGAAUUAACUGAAGAAGAUAUACAAAGAUUGAACUUAACUAACGAAGGUUCUAAGCUUGAAGGCCCAAAGAUGUCAUCCAAAAACUAUCAAAGAGCUCCAGUCCCACCACCAAGAAAGUCGCAUGUAUCAGAAAGAAGUCAACCACAAGUUAGAGAACGCAGACAACCAAAACCUACCGUAUCUGAGCCAGAACUACAAGAAGAAAUUGAUAUUUUUGCACCUUUACCCCAAGCCUCCAAACCAAACACACCAUCACUCUCUUCCUCUCAAAGAGUGAAAAGUUCAAGUGCAGGAGAAAUGAUGACUUCCUCAUCUAGAAGAAGACCUGUUGCUUCAAGACCACAAUCAUCCUCCGCAAACAAGACACAGAGGCCAACAAUUUCCAUGUCUUCAAUUGAAAAAGAUACUUUUGAAGAAUUUCGUGAAAGAGGUGGUGUUUCAUUCAAACAAGGUGAUUUCGCUACAGCAUUAGAACAUUACGAAAAAUCAUUGAAUGCAUUACCUAAAGGUCAUAUUCUUUCUAUUUUAGCAUAUUCAAAUUGUAUCACUGCAUAUUUCAAAGUUGGUGAAAACAAAAAGGUUGUUGAGUCCGCUGAUAUUGCAUUGGGUUUAAUUGGGCCUUCAAGAGGUGUUUCUGAGGAAGUUGAACCUGGUAAGAAUAUGAAAGACUUUUGGGUCAAGAUUACUCAAAAGAAAGCUGAAGCUUUAGAACAUUUGGAGAAAUUUAAGGAGGCUUUAGAAGUAUGGACUGAAUUAAUUGAGAAUGGUUCUGCUAAUAAGGUCACAUUAGAUGGUAAGAGACGUUGCCAAGAUGCAUUAAAUCCAAAACCUAAGGAAACUCCAAAACCAAAACCAGUUGAAAGAAAACCAAAGCCAAAUCCGAAACCAUCAUCUGCAGAAUCAGAAGGCGAAGCAUUAAAGAGAAUACGUGAAUCAAAUCAAGCCUCUCAGAAUUUCGAAGAAGAGAAAUAUAAACUGUAUGACCAAAUUGAAAGCAAAAUUAAUAAUUGGAAAGGUGGUAAAGAAGAUAACCUUAGAGCAUUAUUGGCAUCAUUACAUGAGAUUUUAUGGGAAUCUACCAAUUGGAAAAGAGUCAAUUUAUCUGAUUUAGUCAUGCCCAAAAAAGUAAAAAUUACAUACAUGAAAGCUGUUGCAAAAGUUCAUCCCGACAAAAUCCCACCAAACGCUACAGCUGAACAAAAAAUGAUUGCACAAAGUGUAUUUGUGGUUAUCAACACAGCAUGGGAAAAGUUCAAAGUGGCAAAUAACAUUCAAUGA